GGAUGGGAAGAAAGAAUUUCUCUCUUUUUUUGGGGGGGGGGCAUUGAAAAUUGGGAGACUCAUUUGGAAUUGAUCUCUACCUCUGGUUCUCUUCAAGUCUCUCUCUCUCUCACUGCUUCCCACUCUCCUCUGUGGCUAUUCAGGGGUCAGUGUUUGUGGCUGCUCCCUUAAGUAGGACAGAGCCCAGGGAAGGUUUAAAGGAAACUAGGACCUGCAGGGAUAAGAACUGGACUAUUAAGAAACAAAGCACAGUCUAUAUCAUUCUAAAUUAAGAAGAAAUGAACAGAAGGGUUUUCUUCCCUUUUCCAGAUGCGUUCCCUUUUUCCAGUGGAAUCAUGUCAAACCUUAUGUGAAGUGAAUAAGUGAAGGGGAAGCGCUUUCAUCACAAAACCACGGCACAGGUGCUACUACCUGGGCAUUGAGGUGAGCGUGAACCAUGAAGCGAGUCCUGUUGGGCUGGGGGUUGAUACUGGCUGCUGGGCUAGUGGUUACCAGUGUAGUGGAGGCUGGUGGAGGUGAUGGAGGAGGAGGAAGUAGAGGGCAGAGACGUGGGGGAGACAAGCGCCGGAGACUCCAUCAUGUCCAGCACGGACACUGCAGCUACACCUUCAUCCUACCUGAGUUGGAGAGCUGUCAGGCCAGCCAGAAUCAAUAUGGCAAAGCCAACAUGGUUCAAAGAGACGCGCCCCCACCUGCAGAGAGUGAUUGGUCUGCCCAGAAACUGCAACACCUGGAGACCGCAAUGGAGAACAACAUGCAGUGGCUGCAAAAGCUAGAAAACUAUAUCCAGGAGAACAUCAAAACGGAGAUGGUGCAUAUCCAAACUCAUGCAGUUCAUAACCAGACAGCUACCAUGCUGGAGAUUGGAACAAACCUGUUGACCCAGACUGCAGAACAGACCCGCAAGCUAAAUGUGGUCGAAGCUAAGGUUAUGAACCAGACAUCAAGAUUUGAGAUCCAGUUGUUGGAGAACUCAUUAUCUACAAAUAAGCUGGAAAAAGAAUUAUUGGUGCAGACUUCUGAAAUCACCAAACUUCAAGACAAGAACAGUUGUUUGGAGAACAAGGUGCAGGUGUUGGAGUUGCAGCAGCAGGAUGAGCUGGAGGACAUGAGAGAGGAGAAGAAGAGGUUACAAGCCCUGGUGAGGACCCAAACAACAGCCAUUGAGGCUCUAGAAAGACAGUUGAGGGUGGCAAGCACCAACAGCUCAGCCCUGCAGAAACAGCAGCAGCAGCUCAUGGAGUCCAUCAACGUGCUCAUCAACAAAGUGUCUACAAAUACAGGGUCAUUGCUGAAAGACCAGUGGUUUCAUGACUGUGCAGAAGCCUAUAAAGCAGGACACAACAUCAGUGGGAUCUACAACAUUUACAUCGGUAACAUGACAGAUCCCACCCAGGUUUUUUGUGACAUGGAGACUAGUGGAGGAGGUUGGACGUUGUUCCAGCGCAGGUUCAAUGGGAAUGUGGACUUCCAGAGAACAUGGAAAGAAUACAAACUGGGAUUUGGGGACCCUGCUGGAGAGCACUGGUUGGGGAAUGAGCUGGUGUUUCAGAUGACAAGUCAAAACCAGUACACCCUGAGAGUGGAGCUGAGAGACUGGGAGGGAAACACACCCUACUCCCACUACGACAAGUUCCAACUGGUUGGUGAAAAACAACAAUACAGGCUAUCCCUGCGGGGCUACAGCGGAACAGCAGGAGAGCAGAGUAGCCUGGCAUCCCAUGGAACCAGCUUCAGCACCCGCGAUGCAGACAAUGACAACUGCCAGUGCAAGUGUGCCCUUAUGCUGACAGGGGGUUGGUGGUUCGACGCUUGUGGCUUGUCCAACCUUAACGGUAUUUACUACAACGUGGGACACAACAUACGCAAGCUCAAUGGCAUCAAGUGGCAUCACUUUCGGGGACCGAGCUACUCACUACGUUCUACCACCAUGAUGAUCCGACCAUCUGACUUUUAAGACAGGACCCAAUCAUUUAGAGAGAAUGGCUACAUGUUUUAAGGGGAAAUAAUUUUCCAGUUUUUGCCUCCAAGACAUAUUGUCGUGGGGAUAGGAGACCAAGAAUUGUUAAUCAGUCUAUAAUAAACAAUCAGUCACUGGAUGACUGGGUGUGGUGUAAUACAAGCAAACACUUUGGAAUUCAGCAGAAGAGGCCAGACUGACCGUGUCAAUAACUCUUUUAGUAUAUAUUAUAAUUCACUAGAUUCGCAAUCUUCUUAUGUCUUCCUAAAACACUGUUUACUGGUGAUGUAAACAAUACGCCUCUAUACAGCUUUCCCAAACCCUCUGCCUUCUACAACAUUCUGAAGCUGUCAUCAUCAAGACAACAUCAAAUACAUCAAUGAGGCGAGAAGACUGAUUGGCAUAAACUGCUGAUGAAUACAAAACGUGAAAGAAGAAAGGGAGGAUAUUUGGUCAGAAUGUGCACAAAUAUAAUAAUUGUAUAAUAUUACAAUUAUAAUUUUGUUAAUUUUUGUAUUUCCAAAAAUGUUUGGGUCAAAAUGUUAUUUGCAUAUUAUAAAUGUAAACUGAAUUUUACUUAAUUGUUCUGCAGAACUGGAUUGUAUGUUUAAAUACUGCAUUAAUUGCUGUGCCAUUUUAUUUGACUGAACUGGUGUGAAUUUUAUACUUCUACUAGAUUAUUUUCAAUUAAGGACAUCUCUUAUGUUAAAUACUUUUUAUUGACCUACAUUUUCAGAUGAUGCACUUUAUCAGAUAGAGUAGGCCUUACUUUUCCUACAAGGGGGAGAAAUACAUAAUUAUAAGUUACAUCUGUAGGGGGUUUCUUGCCAGUUCACUAAUGUAAGCUUGAAUGAUUCAUUUAGAUUCGAAACGUACAACUACUUUCAUACUUUAACAGCACACGUGACUUGUGACACAAUUAAAUCGUUAAUCAAAUCAUAUUACAACAUUGUAAAAUAAAAAUAAUUGAAAGGAUAAUUGAAAAUGUUAGAUACUAACAGGAAAGUUGGACCUUAAGAGGAAAAAAGAAAAGUAAAAUGCUCUCUUACAUUUCUUGAUUUUUGGUUUUUGGACCUUUUAAUUUCCAUCUUGAUUUUCCUUUUAGUUUAUAUAUGCAUGUACAUUGCUUCUUCAAAGAGUGGCCAUGUAACAAACCCCAAGAAAAGGACAUUUCCAUAAGACAGCACACACAGCAAGCUUGAAACUCUUGCAUGCAAACUUGGCAUCAAAUUGUUGAAACGAUGACACUUCACUCAGGUAACUGAUAAUAUUAUAGUUACUUUUAUUUUAUAAUCUUACUUUAAUAUUUUUAUGAAUUGUAAUUUAAUAGCAUUCCAUAGCAUCAGCUUGCGAGAAACAGUCUUGGUCUUGGUCUAACAACAGUAUCUGCUAAUAGCAACAUCAGUUAUCUGCAUUUUUUAUAUUAAGGGCAUAAAACAGUGCCCAGGAAAUAAUUUAAUCAAAUUCUUAGGUUCUACCACUAAAUUGAAACCAAUAAUUAUUUUGUAGUGUCUUUUUUGCACCCGGGUGAGAAUAGCCAUACGGCAGCUAAUCGACUAUUUGCACCCACCCAAAUAAAUGACGUAAUGUAUAGCUAUGUGCAUCAAUGGCUGCAUAACGCAAGUCGAUAGGUAUGUACAUCAACGGUAGCAGACGCCAAAUAUUAUUGGGCACUUGGCCCUGGCAGCUGACUCCUUAGUGCAGUAGGAAGGGUGUCAGUCUUACAAAUCUCUAAGUUGUGAAUUAAAUCAUCACAGAAGGCGUGGUUUUUACUGCAUUUCAUUGUAAUAUACUUGUACUUGUUCAA